AUGCACCCAGAUCCCUCCACCGCACGCCACACGCACGUCAACAAGACUUCGGAUUCUCCACUCCUUUCCCACCCCAUCUCCCGUGUCAACCGAACCCACUCCACGCACGGGAGGCCUGCCAAGCGGCACGAGACCAUAGCCCAGAGUCCAAAGCUGGGCAGCACCAUCGUCCGUGGCUGUUGGACUGCUGGAAUCCAAGAUCCGAGCAUUCCAGCCUGCCCUACGCUUUCCACACUGCUGGGCCUUGCUGGGUUGCAUAGACUUGUUCGAUGGUCCAUGCCACUUGCAAGUUGUCACAGACCCAAAUCUGCCUCCAUCUUGACGUCUCGCAGCGUUGGCAGUGACGCCGCCGUCUCGUUCCUUCUCGUCCCUCGCCCCGAGCACCUCCCUUCUGUGCGUUCUUGUUUUCUUUUGUGGCUCGGAUGCAGAGCUGGACGCAUCACCGUAACGACUCACGCAUCAACCCGACCCCCUCUCCCUGUCGUUUCGUCAGCCGGCGUCCUCGGACUUCCUCGGUGGGCGACAUUUCUCCUUGACGGCAACCCCCUCCCGACUUGUCACCGCAUGGUUGAAUCGAUCCCGGGAGGAUCAUCACCAGUCAACCAGCCCCCUCCUCUCAUGCUACUGGAACUCGACCUCAGCUUCAAUGUAACGCCCUCUGCUCCAGACUCCUGUGAGCUGGAUUCCUUCGUUCGUAUCCGUUUCUGCUCAUCGAGAAACGAAACCGUAACGGACUCCCCUCUUUAUGUGCGCAAGCCACCCCCGCCUCCUUUUCUGUCAAGCAUCAUGCCUCUCACAUUCCUCGCGCCGGCUCCCGCAACCCCUCCUCCUCCUCCGUGCCGUGGCCGUGGCCGUGUUAGGAAGCCCGCCGCGGAGGAGCACGUUAUCAACCAUCAGCUAUCGCAAGCGCCUCUCGAUACUAGGAAACCCCAUCCCAAAGACGAGGAGGGACGAAAGCCCCGAUUCGUCAUCGAGACACCGGCCUGGCGACAUUGA